AUGCAACAGUUACCGCUUUGCAGGGUUGAGCUGCUGCGUGAUGGUGAUGUUUGUGGCGUGCUGCCUGGGCAGCACACCGUGUUUGAGGCGGAUUCCGGCUCACUACUUCAAGCUCUGCGGCUCAAAGAUUCCUUCAUGGCACUGCGCCGCGGGCGCGUUCAGACUUUUCAGGUCUCCCGUCAGCUGCCAUCCGCUUCGCUGGUGAGAUACCCACCUCCUUUCGGACCCAUCUCCGAGGUGGAGUGCGGGCAAGUCCUUCAGCGUGCAGAAGGUUUUCUUGGCCUCGACAUCUCAGAGGUCAGAGAACGCCUGCUACAGCUUGGGCUCAGUGACCAAGCUGGCGUGGAGGCUGUUGCGGAAAGUUUGGUAAGCUUCUGCGUCACUGGCGUGUGCCGUUUGUGGAACGUCGAAGAUGCCCAUAAACGUGCAAGGCGUGCAUCGGCAACUGCAGAGGUCAGAGAGUCUUCCCUCAAGUGCAGUGGCACAGCGGCUAGAGUUCUCAGGUGUGAUGAUGUGUCCAACAUCGUGGAUGAUGACGCAGGCCAUCGAAAUUCGAAGCCGUUGCCAGGUGCCUUGCCCGCAGUUCCUGAGAAGCUACAGGAAAAAGCCAUUUCCACGGCUAUUCACGUAGGCUGCCGUGGGCCUGCAGCGCGCGUUGCUGGAGCUGCUGCAGCCAUGACUGUGGAGGGCUACGCGUUGUACAAAGAAAUUGGUCGGCACUGCGAGCAGCUGGAGGUGAAGAACAUCAGCUCAGAUCAGUUCACAGAGCGGAUUUGCGAGAGCACCGUCAGCUCCUCCGGCCGUGCUAUUGGCAGCCUUGCUGGAGCAGCAAUGGGCCAGGCUUCAAUUCCAGUCCCUGUGGUGGGGGCUGUUAUCGGUGGAGUUGCAGGUGCUGCCUGCGGCGGCUUCUAUGCCAACAGCUUGGUUCGUGGCGCUUGGCGAUUGUCAGGCGGCAAAGCCAAGGGCGGUGAUGACAUUGUGAGAUGUGUGGAGCACACGACGGACAUGAGCACUCCCGCAUUAAAAAAGGUGGACAGUCCUCCUGAUGAAGUUGUUGCUUGCCUCGCCGACCAAGCAAAGCUGUUCGAAGCGAGCACGCGACCUGAGCUAGAUCAACAGUCAUCGGAUGACUUUCUCUGA